AGAAGCAGUUAAGUGCUAUAGGAGCGUGUUACGUGUUUUUUUUUUCUGCGAGUGAGAUUCUUCUGACUGCCGAGAUCUUCUAUGGCAGCUCUUGUGUUUUGUGCUUACAGUUCUAUUUACGCUCUUGUGGAUGCAAUUUGGUGUAGUAAUUUUAAUUUGCCGAAAGCGUUUCAGUACUUGCAAGUGAAAAAAGAAAGAGAUUUAUUUCAACGUUAUUGUCGCGAAGUGUGGUUGCGUUACGCAUUGGAGGAGCAAGAAAAUAGCUCCACACAGAAGCAGCAGCAGCAGCAGACAAGUGACGGUGCCAAACGCUUAGUUUAUAAUAAUUAUAAUUCGUUUAGUAAUAAUUUGUCUUGUGCCAAUAGAAACGAUUCGAAGUUAGCGAUUAUGUCGAAUUUCAAGUCGCGUAAUCCGGGCAUUGAUUUUGCUGCCAUCGAGGCAUCGGCGGAGGCUUUCGAAGUGAUUGAUAAUUUUGGUGCGCAGCAAAAUGUCAAUACGAAUACUGGAUAUCAGCACAACUAUUAUGACAUGGCGUACAGCCCCAACGAAAUUGUGGAAAUCCAGGGGCAAGAAAUGCUAAAUACCUAUUACGAUUACGUAGAUUUGACUCCAAUUUAUGCAAACCAUGAUGUAUUCGAUUUAAAAGAUGGUACCAGCUUCACAUUUACCGGCUAUAUUAUUCCCAACUGUGAAAGAUUCUCCAUAAACUUUAUUCUGAACAAUCCAUCAAAAGAUGUAGCACUCCAUAUCAAUCCACGGUUACCUCAGAAUUAUAUAGUACGUAAUACUAAGGUUAAUGGCGUAUGGGGACGCGAAGAAGUUGCUUCAGCGCUGCCAUUUACCUUGCAUCGCGGUGCAAAAUUUUCGAUACAAAUUCUCCUGACAGAGAGUUGUUACAUGAUUUCUGUAAAUGGACAUCAUUUUGCUGAGUACGCACAUCGUUUACCCUAUAAGUCUGUACGCAUAAUCGAGGUAAAAGGUGAUGUUGAUAAUAUCGAUAUGGAGCGUAUUGAAGCUGAAAGUUAUCCGGAACGUUUAAGCGAAUCACAAAUAAAAGAUAUACGUUUGGAAUUAAAACUUCCCCAAACAAAUGAAGAGGACAAAGAAAAUAUAGACGAUAUUGAUGGACAUAUACCGCAAGAAUGGCGUAUAAUACGUUUAGCUACUCAAAAAGCAGAAUCUGUAUCUGAAGAAAAUGCGGGCUUAUCAAUGCCGUACUAUGGACGAUUACAGCCAAAAUCUCUUAUGGUGGGACGGUGUAUAAAAAUAGAAGGCCGCAUUAAAUUGUUACCGCAUUCAUUUUACAUUAAUUUACAACAAGGUCAAAAUAUAUGGCCACAUCCAUUAAUCGCAUUCCAUUUCAAUCCACGUUUCUCAAAACAAAGUGGAGCGAUUGGUAGUGCGAUUGUAUGCCGUAAUGCUUGGUAUAAUGGCAGUUGGGGACGUGAAGAACGAUCUAUACUUGAUACAGAUUUACGACCUGGCAAAACAUUUUGCUUGUCCAUUGUGUGUUCACCAGAAGGUUUUGAAGUUUAUGUUGAUCGUAAAUUUCUCACGAGAUUUAAUUAUCAAUUGGAGCCUGAAAUUGUUGACACCAUUUAUAUACAGGGUGACAUUAAGUUGUGGGAUGUGUUUUUAGAAAAUAAUAAGCUUUUUAACGGCAAAAGUCGUUUGUACGAGAAUAGUUCAUUUUUGGAGUGCGACGAAUCCUGAAUUUUAUACUAAAACCUUUGUUACGAUGAUACUGAAAAACAGGAGUCAAUAAACGAUAAGGGUAAACUAAUAAUAAUUCCUGUCUUUGACUGUAACAUGGCUGUAGCAAGUGAACUUAAAAAAAUAUUAGAAUAUCUAUGCUUAUAUAUAUAUACAUAUAUAAAUAUAUUUAUCUAUACAUUAUAUGUAACAAAAUUGUUAAGUACUUGAUUCGGAACUUUGACGCGAAAACAUACACAUUUAUUUUUAACUAAAUAAUUGUUUCAUUUCAAAUGAACUUCAUU